GAGAGUAAAGAUCCUAAGCAGUUUUAUAUCUCUCUAAACACAGUAGAUAUAUACACACACAUAUAUAGAGAGAGAGAGAGAUUUCUUACAGUUAACUAAGAGAACAACACUAUGGCUCUCACUGGUCAUCAAUUGGCUUUUGCUUUUGGUGUUCUUGGAAACAUCAUCUCAUUCAUCGUCUUCCUUUCUCCACUGCCAACAUUCUACCAGAUGUACAAGAAGAAAUCAACGGAAGGAUAUCAAUCAAUCCCCUAUGUGGUUGCACUGUUCAGUGCCAUGCUUUGGAUAUACUAUGCAUUCGUGAAGGCCAACGACUCCACUCUUCUCAUUACUAUCAACUCCUUUGGUAUCUUUAUUGAGACCAUUUACGUUGUCUUUUUCCUCUGCUACUCAACCAAGAAAACCAGGAUCCAAACUAUGAAGUUUCUUGGUCUGUUCGUGGCGGGGGGCUUCGGUGCAAUUCUUCUUGUCACUCAGUUUCUGUUCAAAAGUCCGAUGCGACUCCACGUGGUUGGAUGGAUCGCCCUCGUGUUCUCCGUGUGUGUGUUUGUUGCGCCAUUGUUUAUAGUGAGACAAGUGAUCCGCACCAAGAGCGUGGAAUGCAUGCCAGUACUCCUCUCGGUCUUCCUCACCGUAAAUGCUGUUAUGUGGUUCUUCUACGGAUUGUUCUUAAAAGACAUGAACAUUGCUCUUCCAAAUGUUCUGGGCUUCAUCUUCGGGAUCCUCCAGAUCGGUCUCUACAUGAAGUACAAAGACGCGAAGAAAGACGUAGUGAAGGAGCAAAAGCUUCCAGAAGUGACAACACUGCCAAAGCCAGUCAUAAUCUUGGAAGACAAUAACGACACUAACGACAACAACAACAACAAGCGCAGCAGCAAGCUUCCUGAACUCACCGAGGAACAAAUCAUCGACAUCGUCAAACUCGGAACCCUCGUGUGCUCCGAGAAAAUCCAGAAGAGCGCCGCCGCCGCUUCACCGUUCGACAAGAAUGCCGCCACUGCUCCUAAGCUUCAGGCUGUGGGAGCUUAAUUCAAUACAAGAUUAUCCAUUGAUACAGCAUAUGCAUGCGCGAUAUAUAUAUAUAUAUAUAUAUAUAUAUAUGUAUGUGGUGAAUUUUGCUUUGGGUGGUUUAAUUUAGUUUUUGCUAUGGCAUUAUGUAACACGUCCCUCUCUUUACUUUACUUUGUAAACGUACGCUAAUUGGAAUUUGGUAUAAUUAAUGUUUAAUGCAUGAAGGUUAAUCUAUGUGACAUUUCUGUUCAGAUCGUA